AUGGAGACAGAGGAGGCUGGUCGUGUGCCCGGUGGUGUUGCCAGCGACGUUGUUGAUUAUGGUGCCGGGGCCAAGGACGAGAGCUUGCGCGUAGAGGAUGUGGUCGCGGAGGUGCCGGAAGGGGCAGGCCUGGACGCCGGUGCAGCUCGUGAAGCUACUGCUGGUAACGAUGAGCGCAAGAAGAAGAGCGGUGCCAACCGUGGCAGCAAUGACCGUGGCGUCUCCUCGACUUCCUCGUCCACGCACAUGGCCAUGGCUCCCCCCCCGCCUAAGCCGGCGGCGAUGGCGAUGGCGAUGGCGAUGGCGAUGGCGGCUCCCGAGCCCCGGAAGAGGAAGGGUACCCCCCACCCCAAGCCACUGGUGAAGAGGACCACCCCGAGGCGUGGCAAGAAUGUCGACGAAGAAGAGCUCUCGCCCGGCAGUUUCAUAACACAGGUCGAGGCGAAUCAGCGGCGUCGCCAAGGAGCCGACUCCCGCUCUUCUCAGGAAGGAAAUGGAGGCCAUGCUUUGAAGGUUUUGAUGAGACAUGCGGUAUGUUGCCGCCUGGGGCGAUUCAUCGCUUGGAAAUCCCAACACAAAGGAACGAAGCAAGCUGUGGCUGGUAAUGGCUGGAGAGCGCUCGUGAGGUUGAUUUAG